GACAGGGGCCCAUACAUACAGUGUGUCAGAGGCGUUUGUAAUCUUUGUGGAUUCUGGUCAAUUGAUCCGGUUUGUAUCCUGGUUGUUCAGGGUACUUCUGCUCAUCGGCGGAUGGUCUGGCAUUUCUGAGGCACAGGCAAACCUUUUUCUCCUCUCCCCCUUUCAGUUGGCUUUUAUUUAAAUUUGGGCCAGGGGGUAGGCUUCCCAGGGAAAUAGCCUGCAGUGGCAAGAUGGCGAACAGAGGGUUGUGAGGUGGGAUGGUAAAUGAAAAACGCGUUCAUCGAUGAAUUAAGGUGUGUAAACCAAAGUGUGUGUGAUGGAACAGCAGAAUCAUUCAAAGCAGCUGCUUCUGCAGCUGAACCAGCAGCGAGCCAAAGGAUACCUGUGUGAUGUCAUCAUCGUGGUGGAGAACGCGCUGUUCCGCGCCCACAAGAACGUCCUGGCGGCUAGCAGCGUCUACUUCAAGUCGCUGGUCCCCCACGACAACCUCAUCAACCUGGACACAGAGAUGGUCAGCCCCUCCAUUUUCAGACAGGUGUUGGACUUCAUCUAUACAGGUCGUCUGUCCAGUUCUGACUCCGUCAGUGACCACAGUAUCUCGUCUCUCCUGAUCGCCGCCUCCUACCUCCAGCUGACUGAACUGGCUGCUCUCUGUCGCAGGAAGCUCAAACACAACGGUCAGACCCCCUCCAGCUCCAACAAGAUGACCCCCUCCUCUUCCACCUCCCCAACCUCAAAUGGACACACCCCUGGCCCCCUCUGCCUCUCCUCCACCCCCCUCCACAACCACCAGCACCAUAACAACCACUCAGGGUCCAAGAAGGGGAGCCAGAGGAACCAGAGACCGGGCCAGGAGGGAAGGCUGAGAGAGGAUCUGUCCGAGAAGGUGUUUAUUUCGGGCUCACGCUGUGCCUCCCUCAGCCCCUCUGGAGAAGGUAGGAGUAAUGGGCUGGGACUGGACCUGUCCAAAAGGAGUCCGUCAGAGAGCACUGCCACAGAGGAGGUGUCCCCCAGCAGUCUGCUCCAGAGCUCUUCCCCCCACUCCUCCUCUCUCUCCCCCACUCCCACUCCUCCCACAACGUCUAGUGCCAAGCCAGAGCCUCCAAAGACCUCCACAGACCUCCAGCCCAGAGCCCCUCGCAAGAGGCCCCGAGGUGAUAAAGUGACCCCAGAGCUGGAGGACGGAGAGGUGGAUGGAGAGGAGAACGGUCUAGAUCAGAGUGAGGGGAGCGGGCACAGUGGAAGAGGAGGAGGAGGAAGAAAAGGGAGGAGAAACGGAAACACCAACUACAUCUACCGUCAGCCCCAGCCAGGGUUUGAGCCAGGUGUGGGGGACAACCUGUACGUCUGCAUCCCCUGUGGGAAAGGCUUCCCCAGCUCAGAACAGCUCAAUGCCCAUGUCGACACACACACCCACGACCAACUCUACCUGAAAGACGAGGAGGAGGAGGAGGAAGAGGAAGAGGAAUGUGGUGGAUACUUGAAGGACAAAGAUCCGGACACAUGCCCAGAUGACUCUGCAUCAAAGGAGGUGAAGCCUGACGCUGAAGAACCUGGGCAUCUCUGCACAGUCUGCAGUAAGAGCUGCAAGGACGCAACAUCACUACGGCAACACGAGAAGAGCCAUUGGCUGAACCGGCCAUUCCCCUGUAACAUCUGUGGCAAGCUGUUCACUCAGCGAGGCACCAUGACGCGCCACAUGAGGAGUCACCUGGGCCUCAAGCCCUUCGCCUGCGAGGAGUGCGGCAUGCGCUUCACACGACAGUACCGCCUCGCCGAGCACAUGCGGGUCCAUUCGGGGGAGAAGCCGUACGAGUGCCAGCUGUGUGGCGGGAAGUUCACCCAGCAACGCAACCUCCUUAGUCAUAUGAGGAUGCACACCUCGCCCUCAUAGAGGACACUUCACCAUCGUCACUGCAGCUGAACCACAGCUACCUGGGUUCUAUUAGGCUGUCUACCUCAUCUUCAGAUAACUAUCUGGACCCUCUGUUACCCAUAGUACCUCCUCACCCUUGUAAACACACCUGGGUUCUACCUCAUCUUCAGAUACUAUCUGGACCCUGCUGUUCCCCAAUAAG